GAGCCCAAGUCCCACUUCUGGGACUGGUACAGCCCAUACUACCCGGUGCCGUCAGAAAUCGACCCUGCUGUACCUGCAGGCUGCAAGGUCACCUUCGUACAAGUUCUAAGCAGGCAUGCUUCCAGAUAUCCCAAGCUACCUGAGAUGGAACGUGCUAAGGCACUUCUCGCUCGUAUUCGGUCCGAAGCCUCCGGUCAUAUCCGGCCUGGAGUCUCUAAUCGCGAUAGUCUGAAGAUCCUGAUGUCCAACGAUUUGAUACCCCACGAGUUUGAAAAGCUUACACCAUAUGGCAAGAAAGAAGCCAUAGACUCUGGUAGAUCGUUUUUUAAACGGUACCAGGCUCUUGCCGCUGACAACGACCCAUUCAUGAGAAGCAUUGACGAGGACCGCGUGAUUGAGACAGCCUCUCUUUGGAAGAAAGGAUUCUAUCAAUCAAAGGGUCAGGACGACUCAAAAUAUCCAGACGACAGGCGCAUGCAGAUUAUACCUACGACAAAAGGCUUCAACAAUUCGCUACAUUACGGUGGUUGUCCAGCUUUUGACAGGACUGUUUCUAAAAUCCACACAGAAACGGCGAUGCAGUGGAUGAACCGAAAUUUUAAGCUCAUUAUAGCGCGGCUAAACCGGGAGCUACCAGGGAUACAUCUCACACCUGCUGACGUCCAACGGUUAAUGAGGCUAUGUCCAACAAACACAGUAAUCAACGGCAUAGAGUCAAAAGUUUGUAAACUCUUUACAACAGAGGAGUUUCAGGACACUGAAUAUGGCAACACCAUCGGCCAAUAUUAUUCAUGGGGUCCAGGUAACCCAUUGGGUGUAACCCAAGGGGUGGGCUUUACUAAUGAGCUUAUUGCGCGGUUAACGGGGAAACCAGUAGUCGACCACACAUCAACAAACACAACGCUUACUCAGGAUCCAGCAACAUUCCCACUUGACAAGAAGAUAUAUGCUGACUUUUCCCGGAGUAACGUAUUAGUAUCUAUAUACAGUGCAAUGGGGUUAUUUGAUGAAUCACAGCCUCUAAGUAAGACAAAGAUGACACCGCUAGCAAAAUCCGGGGGUUUCACGAUGAGUAGGCUGAUUCCGUUUGGAUCUCGCAUGUAUGUAGAGAAGCUCAAGUGUAGUGACGAAACGGAGGAGUUAGUCAGGGUGCUGAUUAACAACCGGGUGAUGCCGCUAUCUAGGUGCGGCGUUGACAGACACGGCCGGUGCAAGCUGGGGAACUUUGUGGAAAGCUUGAGAUUUGCAAGGACUGGGGGGGACUGGGAUAGAUGCUUUUCCUAG